AAUCGGAGCGCCAAGGCAGCGUCCAGGUACAGCAGCAGCGGCCGCGUAGCCAGACACACCUGAACGCAGCAUGCAACAGCCGGUCCGCAAGAGGCUGAGGCCGUGGCUGGAGGAGCAGAUUCAGUCCGGGAGGUAUCCAGGAGUCAGCUGGCUGGACCAGUCAGCGAGGAUCUUCCAGAUCCCGUGGAAGCACGCCGCUCGUCACGGCUGGAGCAUCGACCGGGACGCCACGCUGUUCAGGAGCUGGGCCAUGCACACCGGCCGGUACCGUCCAGGCAAGGACAAACCCGACCCAAAGACGUGGAAGGCCAACUUCCGCUGCGCCCUGAACUCGCUGCCCGACAUCUGCGAGCUGCAGGAGUACAGCAGGAAGCGCGGCAGCAACGCCUACAGGGUGUACAGGAUGCUGCCCAGCGCGCAGACGCACCGCCGCAGGAAAGGUAGCGCACGCGCGCUUGACCUCCGCACCUUCACGCGCCGGCGCGGUCCAGCCCGCGGUGACGCUGUGUGUGUCCCCCACCGCUCGCUCAGGCCUGCGGAUGUUCAGCAGGUCCAGAGAACGACAAGCCAGCGUGGGCGACGAGGCGUUGAACGGGCACAACUGGCAACCGGCGGCGGCAGAAGCGGCGGCGAUGGCGGCGGCGCCCGGGUCCGACGCCGCCCACAAGCUGGAGGCGCCGGCGGAGGACGCGCUGGGCUGCUCUCAAAGCCACGGGACGUGGGGGGUGAAACCGGAGGAGCAGGAGCAGAGCGAGGCCGUGUUCAAGCUGAUGGACCACCUGAGCAGCCCGGACGCGUGGAACCAGACGGAGCAGAGAGGAUGGAGACCCAACGCGCUGUGGGACCACUGGCACUGCGCCGCGGACGAGAACCCGUAUGCUCUGCACGCGGACAACUACUGCGACCUGUUCGGCUCCGGCUACGCCAAGGACCUGUGCGACUGGUCCGCUCACCAGCAGACGCUGCUGCUGCCGCAGCUGUGAGGCCCGGCCGCUUCCGCAGGCGCCGCCGCCGCCGCCGCCGCCGCGUCAGCCACGCGCCCGGGUGAAGAUCCUGUUCCAAGCCAAGCUUCACCUUUGUCGUCGCCACAUCACGGGGUUCACUGUGGUUCAGCGACUCCACGCUGCCGGCGCCGCUCACCGAGCAGACAGAUCCCCUUACGCUGAAGUGGAGGAUCAGUCGCUGCUUAGUGUUUUUAGUUUUACCUGGAUGAAGCCGCAGUGAGACAGACACGGGCGGGAAACGCACGCGGGCGCGUGAGCGAAGUCGACCUCGUGCACCGUCAUCAUUUGAGAAGCUGGUGAAUCGUUGAAUGUACUGAUUAUGCUCGUUCAUUCUGUGUGACGACUAUACUUAGUUUUUUAUAUUUCAUAUGAGUCUGUACAGUCUGUUUAUUUCUGCUAGUGAAGAAUAUUAUCUUGUAUCGCCGCCAAGUUUAUAUGAAGUUUAUUCAACUUCACCAUUUGUUUGUAGUUUUAUUUCAUUUUGGAUUCAUAGCACACGUAGCCCAUCCUCUAAAACUAUCACUCACAGCAAAAUAUCAGAAGUGAAGCGAUCUGUGACUAUGGGCCGUGUCCUGUGUCUCACUUGUUACAUACUUUGUGAAUCUAAUGUGUUAAAGUUUCUAUUUAAACAGCAUAAAAGCA